AUGUCAUAAUUGUUAGAUUCGGUUUUACGGCAAUAACGAUAAAGGAAUCAAACUGUAAAAGGAAUUUUGAAAUUCCGUUAAGACUAUGGCAUCCCGCAAUCUGAUAACAAUAGCGAAGACGCAUCCUUUGAGCCUAACUUUACUUCCAAUAGAAAAAUCGAAUUGUAACAGCCAGAAAAAUAGUCUUUUAAAGGUGAUUGUUUGAGUCCUGAUCCUGAUGAUGACGAUGACAGUUUAGCUAUACUACAAAUUGAAACAAAAUAAAAAGUUAAUUUAUGGGUUCAUGGGGGAUUAAGGAUUAUGUUUUAUAUAACCAAAUUUAGUAAGCAAAUGAAAACCUAUUCAACAGAAGUAAAGUUCAAAUCUUUAACCAACAACAUUCUCAAUUUGAUAUCAGACUCUGCUAGUGAUGCUGAUAUUUUACUUCACAAAUUAAAUAAAGUUGAAUAAGUAAUGUAAUCUUUUAAAUGGUUUAUAAAUUAAGUACCAGUACUUGAUCCUGAUUCUGUCAUAAAGGUGCUUUGGGAUAUAUUUGUUUUAACCCAAAUAAUCAUUAAUAUUUUCUAUAUCCCCAUGAAAUUAGGGUUUGACUUUGAAAGGGAAGAUUUAUUGACAAGCAUAUUCUUGGAAACCUUGCCUUCUUUGACAUUUGUAUUGGAUAUAGUUUUGACAUUCUUCACCGCCUAUUAUAGUUAAGGAUAAAUACAUAGAGAUAAGCAAUAAAUACUUAAACACUAUGUAAACACAAAUUUUGCCUGGGAUUUAAUGAUUGUAAUACCAUUUAUCUUAUCUUCCUAUUCAGUACCUUACACAGAAUAUAUCUUACUACUCAGAGUGACAAAAGUUAAAUCGAUGAUUGAAUCAAUCGAAGAAGUUACAAAUCCUUCAAAUAAUAUUUAAACACUUUUAGAACUAUUCAAAUCAAUUUUCUUAGUUUCCUUUGUAUCCCAUUUUUGUGCCUGUUUGUGGAAUCUGAUUGGAGAAAAUGAAUUAGAAUCAGGAUUAAAUUCUUGGUUAGUUGCCAAAGAUAUAACAGAAGCCAAUUGGUCGACUAAAUACAUCCAUGCCUUUUAUUUUAGUACAAUAACAACUUUGACUAUCGGCUAUGGUGAUAUUGUUCCUCAGACAGAUCUAGAAAGAAUAUAUGUUAUAAUAAUGGCAAUGGUAAUUUGUGGAUUGUUUGGUUAUACUAUAUCUAGUAUUGGCAAUAUUUUAAAAUAAUUUACUGAGAAAGAAUAACAAUUUAAAUAGUAAAUGAUGCAUAUCAAUAGCUUUUUAAAAAAGAAGAAAAUAAAUAAGUAGUUGAUGUUGCAAGUUAGAAAAUAUUUUGAAUAUUAUCUAAAAAUGGAAUAACAGUAUAAUGAAUUUGGUGAAAAAAUGAUGAGCAAUCUUGAUAAGAAAUUAAAAGAAUAAGUCGCAAUAGAUAUGUAUUGUGAAAUGCUAAAAAAGUCAAGACUCAUCAGAUAGACUUUAUCCUUAAAGAGUGUGCAUAAAUUAUGUUCAUAUGUACAUGAAAUUAAAGUCCCUCCAGAAGAGAUUGUUGCUAAUUAAAAUGAAUAAGCCAAUAAAUUAAUUUUCCUAUAAAGAGGUGAAUUAAGUGAUCAAAAAUUAAGGGAAACUACUUUGACAAAAAUAGAUAAGGGAAAGUUUGUUGGAGAAAAGGAGUUUAUUACAUAAGCAAGAUAUGAAUAUACAAUUAGAUCGGUUAAGUUUUGUCAAAUUGCCUUUGUAAAUUAUGAUGAUUUUUUAAGGAUUAUUAGAGAAGAUUCAUUAGAGGAAGAAAAUUAUUGUAUGUUGAGAGAUUAGAUGUUAUUUACAGAGGAAAAAUAAAACUAUGGCGAAGUUUGUUACAUAUGUAAAUGGACACACUAAUUUAAAAAAUGUCCAUUAGUGUUUGUUCAUUUUAAUUAGGAUAGAAUAAGAAAGAAAUUUAUGAUAACAGAAGAUAUGGAUAGAUUAUAUCAUAAAAGGAGGUCCGAUAAGAAAAAUCAUGAAAGAAAUAUAAUAAGGGAACAUGCAUUAGCUUUGAUUGUAAAUGAGAAUAUGGUUGCAAUUGAUGAUUUAACCGAUCAAUACUUAAAUAUGUUAGGAUUUAAUAUGGAUGAUGAUGAAGGUGAACGAAUACUUAAAUCAAUAAAGACUCAAAAAUCUAGUAAAUCCUUAAUAAGAGGAUUAACAGGUUUGGAGUAAAUGGAUGGUGAAUCUUCAGAAAAUGGUGAAGAUCCUGAUGGAGUAUUAAGUUAAUCCAAAAUUCAAAAAUCAUCUCGUUAUAUUCAGUUAUAAAGCAUAGAGCAAAAGAAAGUUAAGUUUUCUGAUGUUUCUGAACCUGAACCUAAAAAUUUAAGAGCAUAAAACUCAUUCAAAAGAAAAGCAGACAAUAGACAAAGGACUUUUAAGAGAUUAACCCAACUCUCCAAUAAUAGAUUCACUAAUAUUUCUAUAAUUAGUUCUGAACAACAUUAUCAAAAUCAAUCUGGUUCUCACUAAAACUCAAUUGUGCAAAGAUUAAGAAAGAAUAAUAAUAAUUCUAAUUCAUUUACAAACUUUGAUUAAGAAAUGUAAUAUAAAACUUAAUCUAAAUUGGAAAUUGUUGCCAGUAAUGUUGUUAAUUAAUUGGAUGAGGUCCUCUCUCAUAAGUAAGGUGAGAACAAAUAGCAAAGAGUUGAUUUUGAAUUAGAUAGAUAUUUUAUAACUACUUAUUACUUCACUAACUCCAAUCUGGAUAAGGUUCUAUAAAAACUCAAAAAGCCAAAAAAGGUAUCAAGAUCCGAUCAUCUUUAAAGCAUUAUUAGUAAGUCUAAAAUAAAACCAAGCCUCUAUAGUCCUAGGUCAAAUUGA